GUGUUUUUUUUAAUAAAAAUAGUUAUAAGAUCUUAUUCCAAUAUGAUACUGAUCUGAUAAUAACCUAUCAAUGUUAAAAGUAACGUUUUUGGUUCAAGGUUGACAUAAUGCACAAUUCAGCAGGUCCUCUAAAGGAAAUUGGAACCAUCUCAUAUUGGAAUGAUGUCAGAUCUAUGUUAGAUCAGUUUCACAUUAUAUUGUUGGAAUUGGCCUGAUAGACUUUCUUACUUAUAGAAACAUUUUUUUUUCAAGUACGUUUUUCUCAUACAUCACCAUCACGCAGUUAACUACUUUUUAUAUGUUGUCCAUCCGUUCUAUUGAUACAAUAAAGUCAGAAAUGGGACUCGUAAAUUCUGACUUUCGUUAGAAAUGCAUUCAUUUGUACAUUUUUAACGGCUACGGUGCAGACGAAGUGGCGGGCAGUCUAUUAGCAACAUAAAAGAUACACGAAUUAUUUAAUACUAAAUGAUGCUAUGUGCGUUAUUACUUAAAAAACAGAUGGGCGCAUCGGAAUCUAUAUCCGCAUUGGAGGUGGCAGCAGUGGAGCCUACAGUCAAACUGAUACAGACGGCAUUACUCGCUCUGACCGUUCUGCAUCUAGGCGCCAACAACUACCCACCGCAGGCUACAGUAUCCAAUGGUGAACAGUUUGACUUCAUAGUGGUGGGCGCGGGGUCGGCAGGGGCGGUAAUUGCCAACAGGCUCUCGGAGAUAAGCGACUGGAAGAUCUUACUCAUCGAAGCUGGCGAUAACCCACCUAUUGAUUCAGUGGUAAUAUGUCAUUUCGCUAAAUGCUGGUGUAGUCUGAAUCUGAACGGUACUUUUAAUACGGUAACACAAUGUUAUAUAUUUCAGAUUCCUGCCUUGUUUCCUUUUGUGGACUAUUCAAUGGCUGACUGGAACUAUUAUAGUGAAAAUGACGGAUACUCUAGUCAAGCUCAUAAGACAAAAACAAUCCAUCUAACCCGAGGAAAAAUGCUUGGAGGAUCUAGUGGUGCAAACUACAUGUACUACGUGCGAGGGAACAAGAAUGACUUCGAAAACUGGGUAGAAAUGGGAGGCAAUGGGUGGGAUUGGAAUAAUGUCACCUACUACUUCAAAAAAAGCGAGGGUCUUAAAAGCCUGGAGGUUCUUCAAGCUGGAUCAGGUGAUUUGCAUAAUACUGACGGCCCUUUGGGUGUUACACGACCAGUUUGGGAUAAUGGAACUGAAGAAUAUCUAGAGGCAUUCGGUGACAAACAUAAAAUUCUUAUCGAUUCGAAUGGAUAUGAGCAGCUUGGAUACUCACUUCCUCAAUAUACCAUAGCUGAUCAUAAACGACAAAGUACUGCAGUAGCUUUUUUAAGGUCAAUCAAAAAUCGAAAGAAUCUGUUUGUUCUCAAAAACACCUUGUGUACAAAAGUACUUUUCAAUGAAAAUCAGAAAGCAAAUGGGGUAGAGGUAAAACUACCGAAUAAACAAAUAAUCAAUCUUUAUGCUACCAAAGAAAUAAUACUUUCAGCCGGUGCAAUCAACACCCCUCAGCUACUAAUGUUAUCAGGUAUUGGACCUCAAGACCAUUUGAUGGAAAAUGGUAUUGAAGUACUGUUAGAUUUACCUUUAGUUGGUAAAAACUUACAAGAUCAUCCCACAUUGCUUGUUAUGUUAACAGGCAGAAAAGGCAUCAAGUCAGCACCUCAGAACCUUAAAGUGUUAACGAAUCUGGACCAAUUUCCUACUCCUACUAUAAUGGGUUUAGUUGCUCUAUCAGAAAACAGUUCGGUUCCAGAUUAUCAAACUUUAGUUUUCCCGUUUCCAGCGGGUACUGUGCUAUCGACGCUGAUAUGUUCCCACGUAUUUGGGCUUGAAGAUCAAAUUUGCACUGCCGUUGCAAAUGCUGGGCAAACGCAAGAGACGCUUUAUACGAUACUAACUCUGUUGCAUCCAAAUUCCAGAGGACAUAUUGAGUUGAAAAGUAAUAAUCCCGAAGACAGUCCAAAGAUUUUUCUUAAUUAUUAUUCAAAUGAUGCAGAUUUAGAUAAACAUGCAAGUAGUAUUGAAGAUUAUAUGAGUGUUUUAAAUAACGAUUUUAUGAAAAACAUAAACUCUAAGGUCGUUAAUAUGCAGAUACCUCAAUGUGCUGACAUAGAAUUUAAUACUCAUGACUAUUGGAGGUGCCACGUUUUAAAUAUUGCUACAACUUUGUGGCAUCCAGUUGGAACGUGUGCAAUGGGCGUUGAGGGUAAUAGCGUAGUAGAUUCUGAACUAAGAGUACGAGGUGUUACUGGAUUAAGGAUAGGAGACGCCAGCAUCAUGCCGAGCAUUACCAGUGGUAACACUAAUGCACCUUGUAUUAUGAUUGGAGAAAAACUUGCUGAUAUGAUUAAGCGGGCCCAUGGUUAUUAGUUAAUAAUUACGAGUAAAAUUUCUGGGGCCGUCCUUACCUACACAAUAAAAUGUAAUAAAAUUGCA